GUCAAGCGGACAGUUGAGUGCCGCGUCCAGACGGGGGCGAUGGCCGCUUCGUUCAACAGAUCAGUAAAGUCCCACAGCACUCAAACUGUGCAGGACCACAGAUGUGAGGCGCUCGGAAGAGUCAAACAGCUGCUUUUAUCGCGUAUCUACGCUCCUGUCGUUCCCCUGCUACGGACUGACAUAUGAAAACAUGGUAGUUAAAGCCAGAAAAUCAAAUGCCAAGGACCAGAGCAGCGAGAAGGACAGGAGUCAGUCCGCGUCGGGGAAGAGCAAGCGUGCCAAAGAUGGAAAGGGCUCGGCUUCCCAGAGUAAAAACGGACUUUUUGCAGGGUUCAUUAGAAGUAAAUUAGGUUUGAGCCCGUCCGCUUUUGCAAGAGGAAUAUCAGUGUUGGUUCUCGCUCUUAUUGUGGGAUGUUUACACUGGUAUCAUCUCUCACAUCUAUUUGAAAAUGACAGACAUUUUUCACACAUGUCAUCUUUGGAAAAGGAGAUGGCCUUUCGAACAGAGAUGGGACUGUAUUACUCAUACUUCAAGACCAUCAUUGAGGCUCCUUCUUUCAUGGAUGGUCUUUAUAUGAUCAUGAACGAUCGUCUCACUGAAUAUCCUCUGGUGAUAAACACUCUAAAGAGGUUUAACUUGUACCCUGAGGUGGUCUUGGCCAGCUGGUACAGAGCAUACACUAGCACAAUGGAUUUUUUGGGGUUCCCUACCAAGAUGUGUUGGACCAUCAACAGAGGGGAGGGUCUGGAUCCAGUGGAGAGUUGUGAAGGUCUGGGGGAUCCUGCUUACUUUUAUGUCACAUUUGUGUUCCUGUUAAAUGGGGCAAUGAUGAGCCUCUUCUUCAUUUAUGGAACAUACCUGAGUGGCAGUCGACUGGGUGGCACUGUUACAGUUCUGUGUUUCUUCUUUAAUCAUGGAGAGAGUACUCGGGUCAUGUGGACACCACCUCUGAGAGAGAGCUUCUCCUACCCCUUCCUGGUUCUGCAGAUGCUUCUGCUCACUUACAUCCUCCGGACAAGGAACCCAAGCAAGAAUACCAUGAUGGCUCUGGGGAUCUCCAAUAUUUUCUUCAUGCUGCCAUGGCAGUUUGCUCAGUUUGUCUUACUUACCCAGGUGGCGUCCCUUUUUGCUUCAUAUAUCCUGGGUUAUCUGAGUCCGGCAAAAAUGCAGUCUGUCUUAGUAACACACAUGAUCUCCUUGGCCGUCUGUUUUCUUCUAAUGUUCGGGAACUCGAUGCUGUUGACAUCCUUCUACGCCUCUUCACUGGUCUCCAUCUGGGGUGUAAUUGCACUCAGGGAUUAUUUGGUUGGUAUAUUCAAACCUGGACUCUUCACAUGGGUCAUGCAGUGCCUUGCAUGGGUGGUCUCCACUGUCAUUCUGAAGUUCAUGCUCUCAGUGAUUUUUGGGGCAUCAGAUGAUGCCCACAUCAGCAGUCUGAUCAAAUCCAAGUUCACAAGCUACAAAGACUUUGACACGAUGAUGUACACGUGUGCUGCUGAGUUUGACUUCAUCGAAACAGAGACUCUCAUCAGGUACAUCAAAACCAUGCUGCUUCCAAUUAACGUGCUGAUUGUGGCUUUUAUUGCUGGAAGGACUAUACAGGACAUUAUUGUGUUUCUCAGAAAUAAGACGACAGAAAAAUCAGAGGAUGAUGAAAUGGAGCAGAGCCAGAUGUUGGCAAAGGGAGUGUUGGUGUAUCACAGUCUGCAGCUGGUGGCGUUUGCAGUGCUGGCUGUGCUCAUCAUGAGACUGAAGCUCUUCCUCACUCCUCACAUGUGCAUCAUGUCCUGUUUGAUCUGCUCCAGACAGCUGUUUGGCUGGGUAGGAGGGAAGUUUAAACUCCAGCUGACAGUGGUGGGAAUAUUAUCCAUCAUGGCAGUCCAAGGAAUCGCAAACCUGCAGAGUCAGUGGGGCAUCAUAGGAGAAUUCAGUAACUUCCCUCAAGAAGAGCUCCUGGAGUGGGUCAAAGACAACACAAGCCCUAAUGCUGUGUUUGCUGGUGCAAUGCCCACCAUGGCGAGUGUGAAACUGUCCACAGGAAGAGCCAUAGUGAACCACCCACACUAUGAAGACGCAGGAUUGAGAGAAAGAACAAAGAUGGUGUAUGCCAUGUACAGCCGAAAGCCAGCUGAGGUAGUGAAGCAAAACUUAAUAAAGCUGCAGGUGGACUUUUUCAUCCUUGAGGACUCGUGGUGCACCAGGCGCUCCAAGCCCGGUUGCAGCAUGCCUGAGAUCUGGGACGUGGAGGAUGCACAAAAUGCAGGGAAAGUGCCACUUUGCACUCUCAUGUGGAGGGAUUCUCGUCCUCACUUCUCCACUGUCUUUCACAACAACAUUUACAAAGUCCUUAGAGUUCCCAAAACAGUAAGAGAUAUGAGAUAACAGCAGUUUUCCCCUCACCUUACUGUUUUCCUGUCUUUGAUAUGUGCGUGUAUGUACACAGCAAUGAUUAUUUUUGUAAAGGUCAGAUGUGUUUUUCUUGAGCCCUGCACUUUGGUGUCCAUUUUGUUUUGAUAAGCUGUAAGAGAUGUUUGAACUGCUGUGAGAGUCAAUCAGUAUUGAAUCACCCCUUUUUACUUAAAGGAAUAAUUCACCCAAAAAUGAAAUUAGCUGAAAAUGUACUCCAUCUAAGGCUGCGUUUACAUUUGGCAUUGACAUUCGACCUGUAUCUGGAUGUUGUCCACAUACACACUGAAAAGACAAGUGUAAACGCAUGUUAUCCGAUCAGCGUGUCCUGGUCCAGAGGUAGUCGAGGAAGCAUUGUGAUCGGAUCUCAGUGUAAUGUAAACGCGAUCCAGCCAUCGUGUCUGCAUUCGCAGGUCGACAUCACGCAAAAACGCCGCCCCCUCUCUCGCGAACUGUCAGCAAAAAUAGACGGAGAACGCCUGUGUGGAGACUAGUGAGACUCCUACACUUAUCUUUGAUUUCUAAAAUGUCCUGCGACUGAAAAUGCUGUUCAAAAGAAAACCCACCACUUCAGGUUGACUUUGGCCAAAUAAAUUGGCCAUUCUCUGCAGACUUAUUUAAAUUUGCACGGGAAAUACAGAUCCGAUCGGUUAUCCAGAUAGAAAAGUCAGUUGAUGUUGCCAAGUGUAAACGCGCCAUGUUCUGAUUGACUGAUGAUCUGAUCUGCUUGAUCGUAUCAUGGUGAUCGCAUGUUAAUGCCAAGUGUAAACACAGCCUAAGAUGUUGAUGAGUUUGUUUCUUCAUCAGAACAGAUUUGUCCAAACAGACUUCUAUUAUUUCUGAUGGCACCCAUUCACUGCAAAGGAAACAAUGGUGAGCAAGUGAUGUAAUGCUUAUUUUCUCUGAAUCUGUUCUGAUGAAGAAACAAACUUAUCUACGCCUUGGAUGGCUUGAGGCUAAGUCAGUUUUAAGCAUAUUGUUUUUUUGAGUAACUAUUCCUUUAACCAUCUGUUCUCAUGCUUGUUAAUGUCUUUUAUUAGGUUGACUGUGAUUUUUGUCAUUGAUGGUGCUGUUUAUCGGUUGCAUAUGGUCCAGACAAUUGUUUACUUAAAUCAUUUCACUUUUUGUGCAUAAAAUAUUUUAUUCAAUCUCUUUUUGGAUUUUCAACCUGUGACGUUUUGUAAAACACUUUUUGUGCAUAAUUUUCAAAUUUACAUUUGUUUUGGGCAGAUGCUCUUACCAAAGUGACCUACAAAAAGUUACAUAGUUUGAGGGAGGAUUAUGAUAGUCUAUAGUGUUAUUUUUUUAAAUCUGCAAACUUAAUUUUAUUAGUCAAUAGUUGUAAAUAAAUUGCUUGUUACUCUGUGUAUGUGUUGAAAUCAUAAGUGUUAUGUAUUAGCUAUCUUAGUGUUUUUUUGUUUUUGUUUUUUUAUAAAUGUAUUGCUCAGUUGUAUUUUUAUUUGGGUCAUGUUGGUUUCUGUACUGAAGUUUACCAGUGCUAGUGUUGCGCUCAUUUCCCAAGAGUAAGGAAAUGGCAACAGACAAGUUUUUGUCCCGAUUCCAAAAAGUUUUGAUGUCAUGUAAUAAUAAUAGUCCUAAACCAUGCUGAAGGACUGUAAUCACUGCCGUAGUAUUAUUAAAGAUAUCAAUUUGUAGCAUGUGUUCUGUUGUAAUUCAGAAGUGUCCUUUACAUUUCAGUUGACAUGCAUGUGAAGUGUUAAAGAAAUCAAUAUUUCUUUUUUUUUUUUUGUCUCAUUUUAUCAAAUGUGAGGAACUGAUUUUAUUUUACCGAUUAAAUGUUUUUUUGAGUCAAUCAUUGGAUCUUUUUGUUGUUUUUAAGUAUAACGUUGAUGUGAAUUUUAAGGCAUAAUAUACCUAAACCUACCCAUCUCCACCCCCUAGACGUGGAUCCAACCACGCCCCCUGGAACUUGUGUACAGGGGCUACUGUAUUUAGCUGGUGAAGAAGUCUACUUUUUGUGUUUGGAAAUUGCUAAAAAGAGUAUACAUAACUUUAAUUUUCUUUGAAUCUCUCCCAUUCACACUCAGAAAAAAAAAAAAACCUUAUUUGGUUAGUGUGCCUUAAAAGUAAAAAAAAAAAAAAUGAUUUGAAACAACCAUUUUAAAGCUAUGUGACAUUUGGCCCUCUAACGGUUGAAAAAUAAAAGUGCAUAAGUCAUUCU